UAGCAUGUCACAUUAUGGCGGAAGAUCGACCCAUGGCCAUGGAAAACUCGGAAAACAAGAUCCCGAGAAGGGAAAUGGGGAAGUAGGAGAAGGUGAAGAAGAAGAGGAAGAUCCCUUUGAUACUAGGAUAAAAAACUCAGGAUGUUCGGACCUUCACUAUGCUCUGAUGGAUUGUAUGGAUGAAUAUAAAGACUGGAGAAAGUGCCAAGACCAUGUAAAAGCUUUCAAGGCAUGCAUUGAUAAGCAGAACAAACAGAAGAAGCCUUAGUUGGUGAAGGGUAUGAGCUGAUAACAGAUCUAGAUCCCAAAAACCUCUAAGCAACGACUCUGACUCUUAAGAGAUUUCAUUGAUGAAGAAUUUGUGAAAAUGUCUCAACCAAGAGGAGUGCCCUAGAAUUCAUGGGAACACUUGAUAUUGGAUAAAGAAAAUGCUUUCUUGCUUACACAGUAAAACUACCAUAGAUAGCAAUUCUUUAUGAAUUAUGCAGUUGUAUGGUUUAAGUAAGAAAGUAGAUAAUUGUAUGGUAAAUUAUGCAAUUUUUCUUCAAAAUAUUGACAACAGAUCAGCCAUCUCUUGGUUUUUUCUUUUCAUGGGCAGACUUGCUGUCUUGUUUAAGAAGAGUUGACAGAUGUAUCACAGAAAUUAAAAUUUUUUGGAGGAUAUACCUGUUUCUAUGUGUUAAUGAGAUGACUCUUCCUUGGUGGUAGGCCUCAAGCCAUCUUAAAUUUUACAAUUUUCUAAUUUCUGGAAAAUCUAAAGAGUUGCCAGAGAAAACAACACUUGGUUUGGAGGUGUUAGACCUUUAACAAAUUUCUACUCUCAUAAUGAAGUGGUGUUUACAUUGACGAACACACCUGACUACACUUUGUCAAUAAGCUACACUCAUGAAAAUAAAAGUGACAUGAUGCAGCCACUGUUAAACUUUGAGCCAUAAGAGUGACUAGCAUCUAAUUUCUCCUCACAAUAUCAUCACUGAAUCACACAUUAAGGUCAUGAGAAUAAAGGAAAUGAUCACCAACUAAGGAAGCUCUUGAUUGUUAAACAAAUUCUCCUUGUCAGCACCUCAGCAAAUGUAUGGAGAACAGUAUGGAGAAUAUGCAUACUGAGGUUAGGGUGUUAAGGGUUGAUAAUCACUGGUAACAAACAUAGAGGAAGUUUUUUUUAUUUGGUGAAUGAAGUUGAACUAUUCAAACUUUGCUUGUCUAAAAAACACUAAACAUCACAAGUAUCUAGACUUCGUUAUCUACUACUUCUACAAAGACAGCAGUCAAACUUCUGCGCAUGUGCAAACGUUGUAAUGAAAAGAAGAUUUCAGGCUGUUACAACCAAGUUGUUUUCCAAAGUUACAAACUACCGCACAAGCCAGUUAGUCACGGUGUUUUAGAAGCGUAUAACGUUUUUUGUAAAGUUCAAAAUAGACUAGUAAAUCAACGGAAUACCCAUCGAGUGUUCCUUUCCCAUGAUUCCCAUGAACGCUUAGAUUUUCUUUAGCAUCGUUAUUUAGCGAGACGGCGGUUUCUUAUGUAUUCCUUAGAAAUUUUGCGCGGGAAAUUGGUGCGUGUGCGCUCAAAGUUGAUCCCCUUGCACAUGCCCCACGUUUGACCACUGUGUGACUUCUAUGUCAUUAAGUGCACUUCUCAUGUAGUUGGUGAUAUAUGCAGCUAUAGAAAGCGUGUACCCUGAUUAUCAAAUAAAAUGCUUU